CCAAGGGGUAUGUAACCACGCUAGCGGAGGAUAUAUAGGGUGCAUAUCCUCCGAGUAGGUGUGACAUAUCUGACUUAUACCACGUGACCGCAGCACUAUAAAAGGACCUCCCCCUAGCAACAAUUCAAUCACGAUGCAGACUGCAAAAAAGAACAAGACUAUGCCAAAAUUUGCAGCCGUCAAAGAGCUAGUUGAGCAACAUGUUGACUCCUACAGAUGCUCAAGAGCUUCCUUGGUCCAAUUAGCGUUGACCAUUCAACGUCCCUUAUUACUGGAGUUGCAAGCUCUUGGAUAAAAUGUAUCUAAACCGCGCCCAUGGACCCAUGGAAGCUUAGCCAUCUUGUUGGAGAGCACCUUCCCUGUUUCUGCCGUCGCUUUGAGUCUUAGUACCGUCAAGCAUGGCUCUUUUCUCUUUGCUUACUUUCUUGAACAAAUGAAAAAACUAAAAAACAACUUGAAAAACUGUGCAUGCCUGGGGCUGUAUGCUAAUAUUCUAUAUAUCCUGAUAUAUAGCUGUUGACCAAUGAGAUCAAUUUGUGGUGACAUAAGUGUGGUAUAAUUAUAUAAACUACAAAAAAGAGUCAAGGCUAAACUCAGAGAAGACUGGCACAAUUGUAAGAAAAAAGGACGAAAAGAAUAGCUAUGGAGAUUAUGGAUAUGGAUCCUGAAAAAUAAAUGUGCGGGGAAGACAAGGACAGUACAACUGAUAGUAAUAGUAGCAACAAUGGUGCUAGCCAAGCCACAGAAACCUGCAUGCAUGGUUGAAGAGCAAACUGUUUGAGAUUGUUGCCAUAGUGGUAACGUUACAUUCUUCACAGCUUUAUCAUCCAGUUGCUUUCAUGGUAAUUCAAGCACAACGGCUUGUAAUGCUAAAAGCUCUAGGAUAAAUGCGCCGGGUUGCUUCUAUUAUAGGAUUCGCUUUGCUUGUAGUGGUUACUUAGAUAUGCUUUGCAUAGAAGAGCAAAAAGUAGAACACAAGUUCGAUCUCUAAGUGGAGUUAUGUAAAAACCCAACAAUUGGGGUUUUCGUUUCUGUCAGUUGUUCCCUAUUUCUUCUUUUACCACACUGAAAUGUACUCAAACAUAUAUAGACCAAAAGUAAUCACAAUAUUGGAAGUUGUAUACUGAUUGUGUAAUGGAAUGUACACAUGUAUAUAUACCUGGAGAGACCCAGGCUAAUAAUGUGAGAGGUUGCACAGUAAUAAUUACCAUGGUGAUGCAGCCUGUGAAGUAUAAUCACGAGUAACUGCCUAAUCCUGAAGCAUGUGGCACAAAUAAAUAUAAUUAUAUCAGUGUUUGUGUACCCUACCAAAGCAUAAGUAUACUCAGAGAACUACUCUAAGUAACUGUCAGCUAUACGGCAAACUAAACAAUUGAUUCAACCAUGUCAAAUGAUGGUAUAAACAUUUUGGAUAGUACUCUUGCUAGUACAAUUGGAGUACCCUCGAACAAUACAGCUAAUAGCCAAGGUAGUGAGCCCAAUAAAGCUGCAGCAAGUGAGAAAGAAUGUAUCGAUCCCGACAAAGCUGUUGGAAGAAAGGAUGUAAGCAAACCCAAUAAAGCUCCAGGGUGUGGAGAUUGCAAGAAAUUGCUGAAGGGUACUACUUUCAAAGUAGCUGUUGUGGCUGUUGUGCUUGUUGUGGGAAUUGGAAUUUCAAUUGUGGUAAUUGCCACAAAAUUUAAUCAAAGGCUUGAACAUCUAGAGAAUAAUUCAAGAGGCACGGGUACAGCAGUGGAGGUAUUUCAACAACUGGAGGCUUUACAACAAAACAUUUCCGAUCUGAACAACAGGUUUUCAGAAUUGCAAACCAACUAUACUAAGCAAGAGGCACAGCUUCAGUAUUCUCAGACUAAUCAAGCAAAUCAAACUAUGCAGAAUCGUGAGGAAAUAGAAACCAAUGCCGAUGGUUUCGCUUCACUGGAUAGAAAGGUAGCUGAACAAAAAGAGCGACUGAACUCGAGCAUCAGAGACACAGGCCAGAAGUUGGAGACGAUUCAAGAAGCUACUGCCGAGGCUUUUGCUGCACUGGAUGGAAAGGUAGCUGAACAAGAAGAGUAACUGAACUCGAGCAUCAGGGACAUAGGACAGAAGUUGGAGACGAUUCAAGAAACUACAGCCAAGGGUUUUGCUGCACUGGAUGGAAAGGUAGCUGAACAAGAGGAGCGACUGAACUCGAGUAUCAGAGACAUAGGACAGAAGUUGGAGACGAUUCAAGAAGCUACUGCCGAGGGUUUCGCUGCACUAGAUGGAAAGGUAGCUGAACAAGAGGAGCGACUGAACUCGAGCAUCAGAGACAUAGGACAGAAGUUGGAGAUGAUUCAAGAAGCUACUGUCGAGGCUUUUGCUACACUGGAUGGAAAGGUAGCUGAACAAGAAGAGCGACUGAACUCGAGCAUCAGGAACAUAGGACAGAAGUUGGAGACGAUUCAAGAAACUACAGCCGAGGGUUUUGCUGCACUGGAUAGAAAGGUAGCUGAACAAGAAGAGCGACUGAACUCGAGUAUCAGAGACAUAGGACAGAAGUUGGAGGCGAUUCAAGAAACUACAGCCGAGGGUUUUGCUGCACUGGAUGGAAAGGUAGCUGAACAAGAAGAGCGACUGAACUCGAGUAUCAGAGACAUGGGACAGAAGUUGGAGACGAUUCAAGAAACUACAGCCGAGGGUUUUGGAAAGGUAGCUGAACAAGAAGAGCGACUGAACUCGAGUAUCAGAGACAUAGGACAGAAGUUGGAGACGAUUCAAGAAACUACAGCCGAGGGUUUUGCUGCACUGGAUGGAAAGGUAGCUGAACAAGAGGAGCAACUGAACUCGAGCAUCAGGGAAAUAGAACAGAAGUUGGAGACGAUUCAAGAAACUACAGCCGAGGGUUUUGCUGCACAGGAUGGAAAGGUAGUUAAACAAGAAGAGCGACUGAACUCGAGUAUCAGAGACAUAGGACAGAAGUUGGAGACGAUUCAAGAAACUACAGCCGAGGGUUUUGCUGCACUGGAUGGAAAGGUAGCUGAACAAGAGGAGCGACUGAACUCAAGCAUCAGGGACAUAGGACAAAAGUUUGCGAUGACCCAAGAAGCCAUUGCUGCAAACUCAAAUCAAAUUAAUAUUCUCAAUGCAACAAUAAGAGAUGCAUAUGGCCUCGGAACUAACAUUACUAGAUUCGUAACGGAGAGUGAGCUACUAGCUUUAGAGGCACAGCUGCGUGCAGUGAAUACAAGUGUACAACUACAGGGUGCAAGUAUAGAGAAGCUAAGAGUGGAUACUUCGAGAAAUAUUUCUGAGGUGAGGGAGAGGACGGAUGUCAUUAGAGAUGAUGUCCUUCGCAACAUUAACGAACCUAACAACGCAAGAACAAAUCUGAGCAAAAGAAUUGAUGAAGUGGCGAGUGCACAAGAUACGAAGACAGCCUUGCUGAGUCAACACAGUGCAAGUAUUAGCAAUCUUGAGGAUGAAGUCGAUGCUUUAAAAAGCUCAGGAAUAGGUGCGGUUGCUUCAUUUGCAAGUAUUAUAGCUGCGCUUGCCGUCUUCCUAAUUAUAUGCUUUGCAUUGAUCAGAUAUUACACUAAGUGAGUAGAAAUAAGUAAGAGUUAUAUGAAUGCAUGUGCAUGCGUACCCCCAAAACAUUGAAGUUAGACAAGAGUAAUUAAGUAGAAACAGAGUCUAUCUCUAAGUAGGAAUUACAAUUAUGUAUACCGUGCUUGUCUGUCAUUAUUGUUUGGAAUCUUUGUUCCCUUGACCACAAUGAAUAUAUUAUACACACAUGCAUUGACAUGUGUCAAUGAUAAAAAAAUUCACAUCCUCCUAAUAAGGCUUGAAAUGCAGUGAGAGAUUUAUUGUGAAUACGCUUAUCACAUGUGACACACCCAUUAACUGUACUAGUGUAGGGCAACGCCCAACAAACAAAUCUUAAGAGAUACAAUAGUGACCAACUAAAGUAGCACAAAACGAAAACCACACAACAAUGAGUGAGUACGAUGACUUUGAUCAAAUGGCUGAUGAAGCAGCUGAUAAAACGGACAUAAGCCGUACACCACGACCAGUAGCACGACCUAGCAGCUACCAAUUCCAAGAAGAAGAAGAACCACCAUUAAAGCAAAGAUCGUGUUGUAGGUGCUCACUACCUCUGCUGCUGAUUGUGCUACUGUUUGCACUAGUGCUCGGUCUUGCUGGUAUAGCAGGCUUCAAUCUCUAUCGUAACCUUACCAACCACAUCAGGCUCGCUGAAGUGGAGAUAGAAGCUCAACAACAAUCCAAUACUGUCAUCGAGGUUUUCAACGGUACCAACAACCACGAGGUGGAAGUCGCUCUGAAUAUCCUGAGGCAAAACGUGACUGCUGAGUUCAAUCGAAUUUCGUCUGAUUUGAACGCUUUGAAAACCAAUGCUUCGGGUAAUUUUGCACAGAUCCAAGCAAAUAUCGACAGCUUUGUGAACGACGUUGCAAACAGAUUCAGUGAUAUUGAGAAUUCCACGCUAGCAAAAUCGGAGCUGCUUGGCGUGGAGACAAAGCUGAGUGAUUUGGAGGGUCGUGUUGAUGAGAUAGAUAACGUGCUGUCAUCGGGUGUCAUACUGAUAAGCAAAUACUCACUAGUUGUGGGACUAGUCACUGUGUUGUGUGUCUACUUGUAAUUAGCCACUUUUUGUAAAGUACAGUUUUGUAACGUAAUUUAUUUGCAUUUGAUGUUGAGGGAGUGUGAA